UCGAGAAUUGUAUCUUGAAGAAUCUCAUCAAUGGAUUCAAACCAAGCAAAGGCCUCAAUAUGAUGAUAAUGAUCCUGACGUUGUAAUGCAAGGUGAAGGGGAUAAAGAUGUAAUGGAUAUUGAUGAUGAUUUUGAAACUGAGUUUGAUAAAAGAAUGACAAUGAGCCUUGAUGAUGAAAAAUCUAAAAAAUAUCAGUUCCCAUUCGAUGAUGUUUCUGUUGGCUUUAAUGAUGCGAAAAAAUAUCAUUCCGAUGAACAAAAUAUGAAAGGUUUGAAAUUCCAUUACACAUAUGGAGGUGAAGUUCAAACAGAAGGCGAAGCAGCUGCCUCAACAUGUAGUGAAAGCAUUAAGCCACUUUUAGAUCACAUUAUUAAGGAUUCGUUGGAUUAUAAUACCAUAAAUUUAUCUACACGUUCUAAACGAGUUUUAAUUGUGGAUUAUUCUGAUUUGUCCCGCCAGACAUUGGUUAAAUUGGUGGAAGGUAGUGUGGAAAGAAUAAAUGCAUUUGGUUCAUGUGAAGAAUGUAUAACUACCGUAAAAGCAUGGCGAGAACAGUAUCAUGAUGAAGCGUUAUAUGAUAUAGUAUUUUUCAAUGUUCGAGAAAAUAUUUCAGAAGAAAUUAAAAAUUCUGCCAAGGAACUACGUAGAGUUUUUGAUGAUAAUUUAUGUAUUGUCCUAAUUGUAUUCUGGUCAGCAAAUGGUAGAGCAUUAGGACAAAAUUUAGUUCAAGAAAUUGGUGAUUUUGUAUCCGAACCUUAUGCACCAACAAUACAAAAUGAAUACUAUAGUUCAGUUAAACCUUUAGCUGAUUUGAGAAUUGAAAACUUUUACCGUACGAACAGACCUCCAUUUAGUGAUGAAACUGUAAAAGAAUCAUCUAAUUUGGAGAAAAGUCCAAUGGUUGUAUCUGAAGAAACUGCGAAAUCUAGCAUUGAAGUAAUAAGAAAAGAAGAUUUGCCUGCAGUGAACGUACCGGGUACCGAACCAUUGGUAAAGGGUAAAGGUAAAAAUGUUGAAACAGCACAAUCGGAAAAUACCACAACUCCGACUGAUGAUCGUGCAUCAAAAUUCAGAUUUAGACCUGUUUCAAAAUCGAAAUGUAUUUUAUGUGUG